GUGUUUGCUCACUUUUUUACACAGCAAUGUGCGACAAACAAGUAGGCGUCAUCUCACAAGUCAACAAGACAGCUAAAAAGCCUCUUAAUGCGCCUCUGCUCUUUAUGAAGUCAAGACGUGCUGGCUGAGUGUGUGAGGUCUGUUCCAAGCGACAUAUUCUCCCAAUAUAAACCAAAACUCGGGACCAUCCUCUGGAAUACAACAGUGUCGUCCUGACUGGUACAUGAACUUUGCUGGUUAAGAUGAGCGCCCAUAAAAAAAACACCUGCGAAAAUGAAGACAACAACCUGAGCAAGGAGCAGAUCGAGAUUCUUGAAUAUAAUUUCAAUAAAGUAUGCAAGCACCCAGAACAAACUACUCUGAUGCUAAUAGCAGCUGAGGCUGGACUGACGGAACAGGAGACAGAGAAAUGGUUCAAAGUCCGGUUGUCCAAAUGGAGAAGAUCUGAGGGCCUACCUUCAGAGUGUGGCUCAGUCAUGGACUAAAAGACAUUUUUUUCAUAUAAACAAAAUUUACAUAUUAUUAAAAAAGAUCCUACUUAUUAAAAGCAGAUGUAAUAAAUAAUACCUAUCUAAAUAUUGUAUAUAUAUAUAUGUACUAAUGUAAUAUAUUUUAAAUAUGUACUCUUAAAUAUUUCUUGGUUUUUGAAAAAUAAACUUCUGUAUAACACAAAUGAGAAA